AUGUUCUCCUGGCGCAAAUCUGUUUUGAUUAUCAUCCUGGUUGCGACUUCCGUUGCUGCGGCGCCUUCACCUAAAGACACCCGACACGUUCGCGACGGGUCCCUGGAUAAUCCCUCAUUCGCAAAUCAUGCGCCAGUUUGGAAUGAAGGAGCUGCUUCCGAACCUCUCAUCGCGAUAGAGGGAGAGACACCUCAGUACGAGUGGGAUUUGCCUGCAAUGACGACACUGAAGGAAGAACGGUUCCAGGAGCUUAUGAGAAUAUUUAUUGGAACUCCACAACCACCAAAAUCGGGUGUGCAACCAGCUAGACCUACAAACGAGUUUCUUAGAACGCGCCGCCGGAUUGGUCGUCGGCGACACCCAAUGGACCCAGACUAUCAGCAUCCUCAAGACUCCGACUUCCAGGGGCCCCAACCUCACCCAUACCUCCACGACCCCCUCCUACACAUCACUAAUCUCCCUUCAUAUGUCUCUGAUGAAAAUUUAGCCGUCGCCUUCAUGACUUGUGGUCCAUUUAGACCUAAGAUUCCCCGCGACAGUGCAUCCGGUCUGUUGUCGGGCACCAUUGAAUUCAAAUUCCUCGAGAAGGCCGAGAAGGCACUGGCAACUCUCCAAUCGCGUCUCAUCCCUAACCUCCAACCUCCUGUGCCUUUGGUGCUUUCACCUUAUCCUCCAACCAAUCCACCAACGCCUCUGCCGCCCCCAUCAGCGUUGCCGCGUCUCGUAAAACACUUACCGCCAGGUUACACCGAUUCCCAGUUGUUCGACCUUUUCAGGCCUUUUGGUGCACUCGCGUCCGCACGUACUCAGACUCAUUUUGGCGCGGACACUGGCAUGGUCGAAUUCUGGAACGAAAAUGAUGCACGCCAGGCUGAAGACUCGCUGCACUGUGCAGACAUAGAGGGCCAGAAUAUCGCAGUUCAGGUUUAUCAACCUAGACGGACCAGUGGAGGAGCAAUUCCUGAGUUCAACGCGAGCGCUCCGACAUUCGUGCCCUCUGGUUCAAUGUACUCACCAUACCCAACCCAGAAUUUGGAUCCUGACAUCGACUCUAACGGCCUAUUCACCCAUUUCCGACAGUUUGGCAUGAUCGUCAGUGCGCGUGUCAUGCGCAAUGAAAAUGGAGAGAGUCGAGGUUUUGGUUUUGUAUCUUAUCAAACACCCGAUCAAGCCAACGCAGCUAUGCAUGCAAUGAAUGGAGCCCAACUUGGCUCAAAACAAGUUGUCGUUCGACUCCACGAGCCGAAGCAAUUGCGACAAGAGAAACUUGCUCAGCGAUUUGGUCACAACGGCCAUCCCAGGAGCUCAAGUGGUGCUACAAGCCCCACGGCUAGUGAAGUUGGCGACUAUUCUGGCUGGGGCAGUCCACGACUCCUCCCGACAUCUUUGGGUUCUCCCAAAGGAAGCAUUUAUGAGCGACCUGAAAGGGGAAGAAGAGGAUCUGGCAGCUACUACAAUGCUGCUCUCACUGGUACUCUCAAUUUGCCCAUGCGAUAUGAUGACCUCGCAAGCUUGUCACCUGUUGUCCGAAAAGAGGUGCUUACUGGCGAGCUCAGCCGUCGUGUCAAGAAACUGGAUAUUGUCCCUGCCAAAGAGAUUAACUCCAUUGUUGAAUCCCUUGUCAAUGUCUCUCUCAGUGAGGUCUUACAAUAUGUGGAAGAUCCUGGAAGACUCCAGGAGCAAGUGGAGAUAAUCAAGGCCAAACGCUUUAAGGCCUCUACUCCUGAGAAAUCUCCUUCUAGGUCUGCGUCGGCUUCACAGGAUUCGCGACUUCUUGAUCCAAAUGCUCUCAAUGCUACGGCGAGCGCUCCCGAGCACCCAUCAACUCCAAUCUCAGUCAGCGAGUCGUCAAGUCCUCCUCGUACCUCCUCGCCCUCUGGCUCAGUUCCACCCAUAUCAGAACGCGAUCGCAUAAUCGCAGCCGUCGGAAAACUUGAGUCCACACGACACUCUGAACUAACCGACCUGUUGAUGAGCCUCCCGAAGCGCGAUCGUGCUCUGUGUCUCUUCAAUGCUGAAUAUCUGCGUACCAAAAUAGCUGAUGCAAAAAUGGUAUUGGAUAGCGAAGAUGGAGAUGAAGAAGAAGAUAGGAAUCCCCCUGAUUCACAGUCAACCAAGUCUGCGCCCCAUACGGUGCCUGUGACGCCUCAACCCAAGAAGACAGCCCCCAGAGUUGUAGAUUCGCCGCAGACUCCAGAUUUGUCUUCUCGCGGUCCUUCAGCGAAUGCGUCUCCAUUGCCACCAACACCUGGCAGCGCCAGCUCCACGCAUACUUUGGCGUCUCUCUCAAAGCUACCUGCGGCCGAAAUCAUUCGGCUUUCCAACUCCUCUUCAGCUACUGGACUACCUUUACCCAAGGCAGAUCCCCUCGUAGUUCAGGCUACUGAUGAAUUCAUUGAUAGCCUCUUGGGUAAGCCACCCCAAGUGCAGAAGCAACAACUUGGAGACAAACUCUUCAAAGUCGUCAAAUCAUUUGGUAUCAAGGGGGCUCCAAAGGUUACGAUUGCCCUUCUGGACCAAGAGGAUCUCCGGGCCCUUGCCCACCUGAUGAAUAGCUUCCCGUCCGUGCUCAAGGACAAAGCACUACGAGUCGCUGCCAGCCUCGCCAAGUAA